AUGGGUAAUACGAUGUCUAAUAGUUUUGCCCCUGAGUGUACGGAAUUGAAGAAAGAAUAUGAUGACUGUUUCAAUGAAUGGUACUGCGAGAAGUUUUUAAAGGGGAAGUCCAUUGAAAACGAGUGUAGUAAACAAUGGUAUGCAUACACCACAUGCGUGGACGCAGCAUUGAUCAAGCAGGGAAUUAAACCUACGUUAGACGACGCUAGAAAAGAAGCGCCAUUUGAAAACGGUGGAGCUCUCACCGAGACAAAAGAUGACAAAUGA